CCCAGCAUGGCCUCGGGCGUCAACCUCUUCCAUCUACCUGCAGACCAGCCCAGCAACAACGAAGUCAAGUUCUCUCCCGCUGGUGAUGGGUCUGAAGACGAGGACUAUUCGGCGAGCCUGAGCGCCGUGUUGCGCCAGCGGCGUGCCAGCAGCGUGCGGCGCGGCAGCGUACGACGAUCGCGCAAGGGCUGCGCUCGCCGUACCUCCUCGCCCUUACUACUCGACGAAACACGCCCCCGCCGCCGCUCCUCUGUCUUCACUACCAGCUCUGGAGAUACUGCUAUUUCGAUGGAGGAUCUGCAAACCACAGUGGUGACCCAGGAGCAGAUCUUUGAGAAUAUUCACCUGCACAAGGAAGUGCUUGGCUCCGUGAAACAGCAGCCACUCGGGAUGAGAAGGAAACUCAAGAUCGUGCACCAAGCCAAAACGUAUAUCAAACGCCACGAAGGGCAGCUACAAGAACGACUGGCACAAUCUAAAAGCACCAGGGAUAUAUACGCGCGCUUCAACAUUUUGUUGGCCACUAAAUGGCAACAGCUCAAGCGCGAAGCUGCGAAUACAUCCAACGUGUUGAUUCCAUGGGAGCUGCGUAUUAAAGAAAUAGAAUCUCACUUCGGCUCCGUAGUAGCCUCCUACUUCACAUUCCUGCGUUGGUUGUUCUGGGUAAAUCUAGUCAUCGGUUUCAUUCUGCUCGUCUUCGUUAUUGUGCCAGAGUAUCUAACUGCGCAUCCCCAGCAAGAUGGAGAGCGUAAGACCAUCAUGGAAGAAGAAAGGCGUAACGCGUCCAACCUCCUAAUGCUUUGGGAGUUUGAGGGGAUUCUAAAGGUUUCGCCCAUUUUUUACGGAUACUACAGCAACAUAGAACGACCUGAAUACAGAAUGCCGCUGGCUUAUUUCCUAACAGGCCUGGUUGUGUACAUUUAUAGCUUCGUCGCCAUAUUGAGAAAGAUGGCGGAAAAUUCUAGAAUGUCAAAGUUAUCAGAAAAGGAAGAUGAAUGUAUAUUUUCGUGGAAGCUGUUUACCGGUUGGGACUUUAUGAUUGGCAACGCGGAGACGGCGCACAACCGUAUCGCGUCUGUCAUCCUCGGCUUCAAAGAGGCGUUGCUCGAAGAAGCAGAGAAGAAAAAGGAUUUGAGAAAUUGGCGUAUUAUAUCUCUCCGAGCACUGGUUAAUAUAUGCGUGGUAAUCCUGUUGGCGGUGUCGGCGUACGCUGUGGUGACCGUGGUGACGCGAUCUGACGACGACACCAAGACCAGAGACUGGUGGCGGGAAAAUGAAACGACUGUAGUUGUUACCGUCAUAUCCAUCACUUUCCCGGUGUUCUUUGAAUUGCUCGGAUUUCUCGAACACUAUCAUCCGAGAAAACAGUUGAGAUUGCAGCUAGCAAGAAUAAUGCUCCUUAAUUUACUAAACUUAUAUUCACUGAUAUUUGCAUUAUUCAGUAAAAUUGAUGGCAUGGGCAAAGAACUUAAUGCAUUAAAGCCAACUCUAUGUAUGAACGCGUCAACUAUUCCUGAAAGCGCUUUGAAUAUGACAAACGCUUUGGCUCUGUCAUGUCUGGAAGUUAAUAUAUCUUGCACAAAGUGUAACGUGCCUCUUACCAUCUCCGCAAAUGCAACUUCGAUAAACGCACUGAAUACUAUUAGAUCUGCUAAAGCACACGAGACACAAAUGCAAGCACGCGUUAAAACUACCUUGCCAACGAAGUUGAGCCCAUUCACAACGAACAGCAUUGAAAAUAUAAAAAGGAAAAUUUUAUCACCACAUAAUUUAAUAGAGAAAGAGGGGGAAAUUGAAACAACAACCGAAAAUGUAAUAGAUCUAAUGAGAAAAGAAAUUGAAAAACUAAAUCAAAUGUUUCCAAGCCCAUUGAGCUCCAAUGAUACCAGUUCAGAGACCAGUGACAGUGGUGAGAUUUUUUAUGAUUAUACAGAAGUGACCUCUGCCGAUUCGAGUUUCGAAUUUGAACCUAACACUGUUUCCGAUUAUACCACCGACACAUUUUUAUCAUCUGCACUUGAUUUAGACAAUAUUUACAGUACGGUAAGUAAAGAAAACACAUCAUCAAGUAAUGACUAUACUAGUGUUAGCUCUCCAAGUGAUUCCGAAUCUACAAUGAGCGUGACCUACACAUAUACUUCUCCAAUGUUCAGUUUUAGUUCAAACAAUAUGUCGAGUGUAACAACCGAGAGCACGAUUAUUUCUGGAGAUACAAGCUCUGUGGAAACUGUCAUUGGUCCAGUAACAACUAAUUCGAGUUUGGGUACUGUAACAGAAACGUACACGUAUUAUGACGAUGACUUAACUAUGUCGACAAGAUACCCUGAUGAGUAUACAACUGAGCUCUCAACAUCUUCAAGCGUAAUUUACUGUCCAAGUAUAACAUUUAACUGCACAAUAAGUUGUGGAGGGCAAAACGUUACUCAAGUCGUUUUGAUUACUGACUGUACAAAAGUAGAAAAAAGAUGUUAUGUAAGACAAUGCACGCUGUCAAAACUUCAAGAAAAUAUUACGAUUGAUUAUGUUUAUUUGGAUGAACAUAAAAGAAAGAUGUAUAAUUUAACAAAAGAGACAAAAAAAAAGCUUUUGAAGCUUUGUUGGGAAACAAUGUUUGGACAAGAACUAGUGAAGCUGACUAUGAUGGACUUGGUUUUUGUUUUACUUGGUACAUUAUUUAUGGACUUCUUCAGAGCACUAUUCGUACGAUACAUGAACCGGUGUUGGUGUUGGGACUUGGAAAAACGAUUCCCAGAAUACGGCGAUUUCAAAAUUGCCGAAAAUAUACUACAUUUGAUAAAUAACCAAGGAAUGGUAUGGAUGGGCAUGUUUUUCUCGCCAGGCCUCGUUGUGCUGAAUGUAUCAAAAUUGAUGAUUAUGAUGUAUUUGCGGUCGUGGGCUGUGAUGACUUGUAACGUACCUCACGAAGUUGUUUUCAGAGUAUCGAAAAGUAACAAUUUCUAUUUGGCCCUACUACUUACCAUGUUAUUCCUCUGUGUCUUACCUGUUGGCUACACAAUUGUAUGGGUGAGACCUUCCUGGCAUUGCGGACCAUUCUCUGAGUACGAAAAGAUUUACUAUAUUCUCACGAGUAACAUUAACAAAAUUCUUCCAAGCAGUUUAAAUUUUGCCAUGGGGUACAUUGCUUCACCAGCUAUUGUCAUACCAUUGCUGGUACUUCUUAUUCUCAUCAUCUACUAUUUAACAUCACUAACAAAUUCCCUAAGGGAAGCAAAUAAUGAUCUCAAGAUACAGUUACGCCGAGAAAGAACUGAAGAAAGAAGGAAAAUGUUUCAACUUGCCGACACAAGACGUCGGGGUGGCUCUUCAGCUAUGGACAACACACCCUUUGCACGCUGGAAAAAAGCGUUACCGGCACUUCCGCUUAGCAAAUCCAUUGACUCGGAUGAGCGGAAAGCUGUAGCAGCCGACGAAAGCAGUGAUACACUGAAAAACGUCAAGAAAAAGGGUGGCAUUUUUGCGAAAAUUGUAAGUAUGGCUCUUGAUAAAAAGUCUGAUGGCGCUGUUUCCGAAGUUGACAACGCAAUGUCGCCUUCUCCCAAUCCUUUAGACGAUGAAACAGAUACUGAUUUUCACGAGUCUUUGCCAAGAGAGAUUUUAAAAAUAAAAGACAUUACAAUCUUGAAACGAGGUGAUCGCAAAAGCAGAACUAGUGUCGAUUUCACAAACGACUCAAAAGUGCAAACUUCUGAAGACAGCUUAAAAGUAGCAACUGAUAAAAGAGAGGAAAUUGAUUGUUUUUCAAAAUCUCAAGUUAUCGCCACUGUUACCGAACAGAGCUAUUCUAGCAUCGAUGAUCAUGAGGUGUUUAAAGACAACACAGUGAAAGAAAAGUACUUUGGUGGCAAACAAACAUCCGAGUCUAGCGUGCAAUCGAAGCAGGACUCUAUCGGGUCAAUAAUACCCGUUAUUACUAUAAGUACAACAGAGAGCGACGACGAAAUACUGCAUACUAAGAAAGAAAAAAGUAAAGAGGACAACGUGAACGAACAAAAAAGAAAAGAAAAUUUUAAAGGCGACGUCGAUAAGGACAGUAAAAAGAUACGAUGUAGCUCCGAAUUGAAGUCCCUCCAACGUCAAAGUAGCGUCGACAGCUCUAGUGAACACAAAAUGGUCAAAGAGAAGAAGCCGGAUGACGGACACAAGUUCCAAUACUCUUUGUAA